AUCAUCCCCUCAUACACCCUAUCCUCACUUCAUCCAUCGUCAUGACUCACCACUUCGCCGUCUGGGCUCCGGAUUACACAGACCCGGAUUGCUUGAAGCGUCGUCUUGCCGUUCGUCCGAAUCACGCCACAAACAUCAAGACACUCAUCGAGAAUGGCAUCCUCAAGGUCGCCGGUUUCACGAUCACCCCAGACUCGCUCGAGCUCGAUAACUCAGAACGCAAAAUGAACGGCUCAAUGCUCGUCGUCGCGGCUGCCAACAUGGCCGAAGUUAGGACGAUCAUCGAGAGCGAUCCGUACUGGGACGGUAAAGUUUGGGACAAGGAAAAGCUCACUAUCAUGCCUUUCGUCGCCGUCACGCCUCUAUGAGCACGUCCCACCCCCCACUGUCCCUUACGUAUCGAUGGACCGCGAUACCACGCACCAUCAUCAAGAAGAGAACCCCAUUUAGAAGAGAAGAAAGCGACGAAAGGAAAAUUAGAGCGGACUUUCCUGGCCUAUGUACAGUAUCAAUCUGUAAACUCAACAUACUGUGUACCUCAUCCUUGUUCGCAAUCAUU